AUGACCACUAAGCAAUACCCCCUUCCCAAUGGCACCGGUGCCAUUCCCGCAAUCGGCCUGGGAACCUGGCAAUCCAGCGAGAGCGCAACCCGUGAUGCCGUGAAACACGCCCUGCAACAUGGCUACAGACAUAUCGAUACCGCGCUAAACUACGGCAACGAGAAGGAAGUUGGCGAGGGAAUCAGAGCGUCUGGUGUGCCCAGGGACCAGAUCUGGGUGACUACCAAGCUAGAUAACCACUGGCAUCAUCGGGUGCGUGAGGGGCUUGAUGCGUCGCUGAGGGCUCUGGGGUUGGAGUACUUGGAUCUAUAUCUUGUGCAUUUCCCAUGCUCAACUGAUCCAGACGAUCGGGGGAGGUGUCUGUCUGGUUGGGAUUUCGUCAAGACUUGGCAAGAUAUGCAAAAGCUCCUGGAAACAGGAAAGGUCAGGAACAUCGGGGUCUCGAAUUUCCAGAUUACGCAUCUGGAGAAGCUAUUGAAUGACCCAUCAUGCACGGUCGUCCCAGCAGUUAACCAGAUCGAGCUCCACCCAUACAACCCGUCUUCCAAACUCCUCGCGUACUGCAAGUCCAAAGGAAUCCACUGCACCGCAUAUUCCUGUCUAGGUGGUCACAGCGAGUCCUCGAUCAACGGGCACACGGACCUAAUCAAAGAUCCCAUCAUACUAAAGGUCGCUGAGGCGAGGGACAAAACGCCUGCUCAGAUACUGUUAAUGUGGGGGCUCCGACGGGGUGUGAGCGUUAUCCCAAAGAGCGUCGCGCCUGGGCGGAUUGAAAACAACUUUGACUUGUAUGGAUGGAAUCUCACGGAGGAUGAGUUUGGCGAGAUUAGUGGAAUCCGUACGAGGGCGAAAGUUGUGGGAGAUGCGUGGAUGCCUAUUAGGGUUUUUCUCGGAGGUGAUCAGUAG